AUAUCUAUAAUUGUGAGAUUGGCCUUCUCUAAAGUUGCUGUAUCUGAACUCUUCAAUAAGCACUAUGCUUUUAUACUUGCAGUCUGUAAUCUUUUACUAAAUCUCCAGUCUAAAAGUAUCAUGUAUACUAAAAAACAUCUUAUACAUCAUAUCGAAAAUAUCUUUGGUCUAUCAUAUAAUUCAGCUGAAGCUAUACUAAAAAAUAAAAAUAUAUAUUGUGGUGGUAGUUCUCGACAAGCAUCACCUCAGUAUAAAACUGAACCUGAAGCUUUGUAUUUGAUAGUAAUUUAUUAUGUAUUAUAUUCAUAA